AUGUCAGACCAAGAGGCCAAGGAGUGUUUCAAGGAUUCCAAAACAGCCCAGGAGUACAAGUGUGCCAGAACCAAGAGUUCAUGUAUAGUUAAUGAAGCACUGGCACCACAUUUCAUGAAUGAGUUGGUGGUACAAAUGAAGGAAGGGCCAUACACCCUCAUCACAGAUGGAUCCAAUGACACAGGUGUAGAGAAAAUGAACCCCCUGACUGUCCGGAUGUUUAUGAAUGAUAAAGUUGUCCACCUCUUCCUGGGGAUGUGUACUACUAGCGGAACAAGGUGUGGGACAGCAGACAUCAUCUUCAGCAAGAUAAAUGCCACCUUAGCAGAAAAGGCUAUCCCAUGGCAAAACUGUGUGGGUCUCUCUGUGGACAAUGCUGCUGUGAACAUAGGUUCAAAGAAUUCCAUCGCAUCCAGAAUCCUGAAAGAACACUCCAGUAUUUACGUUCAUGGUUGCCCAUGUCAUAUAGUCCACAACACCGCUAAAAGAGCUGGGAUGGGAUUUUUGGACGUGUCCAAAUUUGAUCUGGAGGACUUGUUGGUUGAUGUUGGCUACUGGUUCAAGGGUAGCACAAACCGAAAGGGGUACUUGACAGAAUUUUGUGAGCUCCAUGAAGCAGAGUAUAUGGAGAUCCUUCUGCAUGUCUCCAUUCGUUGGUUGAGCCUUGAACGCUGUCUAACCCGGAUUCUGAGGCUAUAUGAACCUCUGGCUAGCUACUUCAAAUCUGCUGAUGAUAAUCAGGCGAGGUUCAGGAGACUUCAGAAGGCAUUCUCUGACCCCAUGACGGAGGUGUACCUACUGUUCUUUCAGGCUACCAUACCAGUAUUCACCUCAUUCAACCUCCUGCUCCAGAGAGAACAGUCCUCAAUAUUUUUGUUACAUGAUGAGAUGAUGAACUUCAUUCGCAAGCUGUGCGCCAAGUUCAUGGUGCCUGCAGCGCUGCAGGAAGACAAACCCCUCUUGCUUUUUAAAGAAAAGGCAAACCAUUUGCCAGGUCAGUGUUUGAUCAUUAUCUAUCAUUACUUUUAA